GCGGCUCCGACUUCCAACAUGGCGCACGCUGGUGGUGGCGGUGGCCCCGCGGGCCGUGGGCUGAGCGGCGCCCGCUGGGGUCGCUCGGGCUCCGGGGGCCACGAGAAACUGCCAGUGCACGUGGAGGACGCCCUCACCUACUUGGACCAGGUGAAAAUCCGCUUCGGCAGCGACCCUGCCACUUACAACGGCUUCCUGGAGAUCAUGAAGGAGUUCAAAAGCCAAAGCAUUGACACUCCUGGAGUCAUCCGACGCGUCUCACAGCUCUUCCAUGAACACCCUGACCUCAUUGUUGGAUUUAAUGCUUUCCUUCCCCUUGGGUACAGAAUCGACAUUCCCAAGAAUGGCAAGUUAAACAUACAGUCACCUCUGUCUAGCCAGGAGAAUGCGCACAACCACGGUGGCUGUGCUGAGAACUUCAAGCCACAGCUGCUCUACAAGGAGGACAGACCCCAGGUGCCCUUGGAGUCGGAUUCCGUGGAGUUCAACAAUGCCAUCAGCUACGUGAACAAGAUUAAGACCCGCUUUCUGGACCACCCUGAGAUCUACAGGUCUUUCCUGGAAAUACUGCACACUUACCAGAAGGAGCAGCUGAGCACAAAAGGCCGGCCCUUCCGAGGCAUGUCUGAAGAGGAGGUGUUCACUGAGGUGGCCAACCUCUUCCGGGGCCAGGAGGACCUGCUCUCCGAGUUUGGACAGUUCCUGCCUGAAGCCAAGCGGUCCCUGCUGCGGAAGCCUAACAGGUCACUUUCCCGAGCCUCAGCUCCUUCGUGUAGGAAGUGGCGAUGGACACGUCUUCCGCUAGGCCGCUUGGAAGACUCCUUAGGGAAGUGCCUGGCCAGGUUCACAGGAAAUGGACCCUGCGAAAUGAACAGUGUCCAAAAGAAUGAGCAUGAGAAAAACCUGGAACAUGGCAAAAAGCGCUCCCGGCCCUCACUCCUCCGUCCCGUGUCAGCACCGGCCAAGAAGAAAAUGAAACUGCGUGGUACCAAAGACCUGUCAAUUGCCUCUGUGGGGAAGUAUGGGACUCUGCAGGAGUUCUCCUUCUUUGACAAGGUGCGCAGGGUCCUGAAGAGCCAGGAGGUCUAUGAGAACUUUCUCCGCUGCAUCGCGCUCUUCAAUCAGGAGCUCGUGUCCGGCUCUGAGCUCCUCCAGCUCGUCAGUCCUUUUCUAGGGAAAUUUCCAGAACUCUUUGCACAAUUCAAGUCUUUCCUGGGGGUGAAAGAGCUGUCAUUCGCCCCACCCAUGAGUGACAGAUCCGGGGAUGGAAUAAGCCGGGAAAUCGACUACGCGUCUUGCAAGCGCAUUGGAUCCAGCUACCGGGCUCUCCCUAAAACCUACCAGCAGCCCAAGUGCAGCGGGAGGACAGCCAUCUGCAAGGAGGUGCUGAAUGACACCUGGGUCUCCUUCCCCUCCUGGUCGGAGGACUCCACCUUCGUGAGCUCCAAGAAGACUCCAUACGAGGAGCAGCUGCAUCGCUGUGAGGAUGAGCGCUUUGAGUUAGACGUAGUCCUGGAGACCAACCUGGCCACGAUCCGGGUGUUGGAAAGCGUGCAGAAGAAGCUGUCCCGGAUGGCGCCAGAAGACCAGGAGAAGUUCCGGCUGGACGACUGUCUGGGGGGCACGUCGGAAGUGAUCCAGCGUCGCGCCAUCCAUCGCAUCUAUGGCGACAAGGCUCCGGAGAUCAUUGAGAGCCUCAAGAAAAACCCUGUCACCGCCGUCCCUGUUGUCCUCAAAAGGCUGAAGGCCAAGGAGGAGGAGUGGCGGGAGGCCCAGCAGGGCUUCAACAAGAUCUGGCGGGAGCAGUACGAGAAGGCAUACCUCAAGUCCCUGGACCACCAGGCCGUGAACUUCAAGCAGAAUGACACCAAGGCCCUUCGCUCCAAGAGCUUGCUCAAUGAGAUCGAGAGCGUCUAUGACGAGCACCAGGAGCAGCACUCAGAGGGCCGCAGCGCCCCUUCCAGCGAGCCACACCUCAUCUUCGUGUACGAGGAUAGGCAGAUCCUGGAGGACGCGGCCGCGCUCAUCAGCUACUACGUGAAGCGGCAGCCAGCCAUCCAGAAAGAGGACCAGGCCACCAUCCAUCAGCUGCUGCACCAGUUCGUGCCCAGCCUCUUCUCUCAGCAGCUGGACCUGGCGGCAUCUGAGGACUCCGCCGACGAGGGCCGGGGGAGCCCCCAGGGGCAGAGCGUGGAUCCCGGUGACCGGAAGAAACCGGCUCCUGGGCCGCAGAGUAGCCCUGCAGAGGAGAAGGGGGCUGCAGGCGAGGGUCCCCCCGCCGAGCAGCAGCUUCCACCGCCGCCGCCACCAGCAGCGCACAAGGCCCUGGACGAUGUCUACAGCCUCUUCUUCGCCAACAACAACUGGUACUUCUUCCUGCGCCUCCACCAGACCCUGUGCUCCCGGCUCCUGAAGAUUUACCGCCAGGCACAGAAGCAGCUCCUGGAGUAUCGGACCGAGAAGGAGAGGGAGAAGCUGCUUUGCGAGGGCCGCCGGGAGAAGGGCAAUGACCCCGCCAUGGAGCUGCGGCUGAAGCAGCCUAGUGAGGUAGAGCUGGAAGAAUACUACCCAGCCUUCCUGGACAUGGUGCGGAGCCUCCUGGAUGGCACCAUUGACCCCACGCAGUAUGAGGACACCCUGCGCGAGAUGUUCACCAUCCACGCCUACGUUGGCUUCACCAUGGACAAGCUGGUGCAGAGCAUCGCGCGCCAGCUGCACCACCUCGUGAGCGAUGACGUCUGUCUGAAGGUGGUGGAGCUCUACCUGAACGAGAAGAAGCGGGGUGCUGCUGGCGGGAACCUGUCCUCCCGCUGCGUCCGCGCUGCCAGGGAGACGAGCUACCAGUGGAAGUCUGAGCGGUGCAUGGCUGACGAGAACUGCUUCAAGGUGAUGUUCCUUCAGCGCAAAGGGCAGGUGAUCAUGACCAUUGAGCUCCUGGACACGGAGGAGGCGCAGACAGAGGACCCCGUGGAGGUGCAGCACCUGGCUCGGUACGUGGAGCAAUACGUGGGGACUGAGGGUGCCGCCAGCUCACCCACUGAGGGCUUCCUGCUGAAGCCUGUGUUCCUGCAGAGGAACCUCAAGAAGUUCCGCAGGUGGCAGUGUGAGCAGGUGCGGGCCCUGCGUGGCGAGGCCAAGAGCUCCUGGAAGCGGCUGGUGGGGGUGGAGAGCGCCUGCAACGUGGACUGCCGCUUCAGGCUCAGCUCCCACAAGAUGGUGUUCAUUGUCAACUCGGAGGAUUACAUGUACCGCCGGGGGGCCCUGUGCCGGGCCAAGCAGGUGCAGCCCUUGGUCCUGCUGCGGCACCACCAGCACUUUGAGGAGUGGCACGGCCGCUGGCUGGAGGACAACGUGACCGUGGAGGCAGCCGGCCUGGUGCAGGACUGGCUGAUGGGCGAGGAGGAUGAGGACAUGGUGCCCUGCAAAACGCUCUGCGAGACAGCCCACGUGCACGGCCUGCCCGUGACCCGCUACCGCGUGCAGUACAGCCGCCGCCCGGCCUCUCCCUAAUGUACCCUCACGGCCACCACGACGCGCAGCUUGCUGCGGUCACGUCCUCAGCCUACGUGUCCAUCGGAGCAUUUUCAUGAACCACCUAAGGGAAUCAGAGCCUCCCCCAGCCUUGCUGCUCCAGGCUGCCAGCUCCAGAGAAGGGGGUUGUGCCGGCUUGCAGCCCCACACCGCCGCCCCUCUCAGCUCCUCAGCUUCCUUUGGGCCUGUCCUGUGCUGAACCUGAACCCCCUGCACUUGAACUCUGGGGACUCAGCCCCCACCAGAAACCGGAGGAUCCACACACUGGCAGAGGAACAAGCAAUUGCAUUCACACACCUGUCGGGCGCUUACCUCACAAGUGCCAAAUCCCUGGGCAGGGCCGCACUGGUCCUUUUGUGCACAGGGCACGUGGAAAAGUCAGUGACAGACCACGCAAGGGUACACAUGUGGGAGGGGUCAGUGUUCCAGAGGCCCCAGCACCCAAGGAGUCGGGCCAGUGGACCUGCUUUAAAAGCAUGAUGUCCUUCCUGAGUGGUUCUAAGAACUUGCAGAAACUUUGGGCGGUGGUGACGCCCACAUCUGGCAGAGUGGACGCUGGCCUGGCCCAGCCGGCACACAGGUCUUCAUCACUUUGAAAGUGGGAAGAGCCCUUUCAGCCGAACGGUUAGGAUUCUGUGUUUACGUCAAGACUGGGGGUGGACAGGCGGCACUAGAAUGGCCCGGACGACCCCGCUCUAGAAAACAGAGACGCCAAAUCCCAUGCUGAUCUGGCAGCCGGACUCGGGGUCUGUGAGAGGGCAGGGCGCGGCCCAACGCGACUGCCCAGCUUGAGUGGCCCACGCGGGGAGGCCGUGGGCGGGUUUAUGUACCGAAGAUGGACAUGCUAGAAAUACAUAUAUGCACACAUAUUUAUUCCUUGACGCGCUCUCGGUGGUUGUAACUUCUGCAACAGUGAAGACCCUCGGCUUCUUGGGGGGUAAGAGCCCUCCUCAUACCCACCAUGACACUGCUGAUCCUGCAGUCGCCACCUGGGGAGGGCAUGGGCGUAAGGGGCUGAGGCAACCGUCCCCAGAGGCAUUCAAGGCUUUCUGUGCCAAGAACACAAGCAGUUCAAGCUGGGGACCAGCUCUUUACAUUUGCGGCACCGCUGAAAGCCCUGGCCAGGCCUCUGGUACCGUCAACAGGGAUCCACAGACAGGUGGGCCCAGAACGAGCUUGUGUAGCCUCCUCUCUGCUGGCGCAGCCCUCGCCCUCCUGCCGCUCAGCUGUGCCAUACCCGUGCUUCCCAGAAGUGGAGACGUGUUUCUAGAAGUCACCUGUGGAACUUGAGGUUCAUGAAGGCUUUCUAGGCCUGGGCCAAGGCCAUGCGUCCCUGCCGGGGUCUCCCUGCCCGUGUUUUCUUGAGUGUAAUCCAGGCACUUUGUCCUCAUCCUUAUUUUUAAGAAGGGAACUUAGCCUCGGAAUUCCUGAACCAGCCCCACCUGGCAGCCCCUUGGGGAGCCCACAGUCCCCCUGUGCCUCCACAGGGGUCUGGGGUGCGGGCCAGACCUCCGAGCCCCGACCCUGCAUGCUUCUAGGGAGCUCUUGCGUUUUUGAAGAAUUUCUGUUCUGGGGCUUGGACUUCCUUUGCAGCUAUUUUGAAUGUAGUUUCCUUUUCUAUUUAUUUGCACAUUAAAGUUAAAAAUUAAGUA